GCAUGUGAAGCCCUCUGAUGCGCUGCACGUACCCAGGAUUAACAGCAAGUCGAGGAGAAUGGCGACACCGAAGAGGCAAGAUAACCUCUCAGUCAAUGACUCACUGUACCAAGACGCUGAACGUAGAAGACAAAGACAGCAAGACCACCUCAGAACUAGCAAAUCGAAAGAAAAACAGAAAUACCAGCAACAGCGUGAGCGACCCAGCAACCGCUCAAGAAAAAUUCUGAUCAAGAAGUACCUGAUCGAGUUCGACGGAAUCUCUCAGAAACUUGGAGUCGGUGGAGACCCUGAGUCUCCGAUCCACUACACCCAGUACAUCAUGCUGAUGCAGCAGCUUGGCCUUGUGUCCGACCAGAACGAGACAGACCUCGACAAACUCAAGAUGGUCUGGGGCAUCAUCCAGGAUCAGAACUCCGAUCAAGACACUGGACACUACUGCAGAAAGCACUCGCUCAAAGUGAUCUGUGCAGCCAUUUGAGGCUUCAAGACCAAGUGGAUGUUCAGAGACUACACUCGGGGCCAGAACGUCAAGGCCAAGGCACCCAAGAGAAGUGUGAUUGAUCUGAAUGGAGACCAGAGCGGAAUCAAGCUGGACAUUGGAUGCUUCAUUGAAGGACUAUUCUUUCUGAACCACAAAGAAGAGUGAGGAUAUGUACAACGGUUGUUUUCUUCGUUAUACACAAACAGAAUAAUAAAGAAGGAAGAGCGAAAACAACGCAACCCAGAAAAUAAUUCCUGAUCAAAACCUAAUCGGAAACUUAGCCAAGUUAAUAAAUCAAAGCCUAAAAUCAACAAAUAACUCUUAUUAUUUGACAAAUUCUCAUGAUAGCAAUUGCUCUGUGGAAGACCGUCUUCUUAAUAAACAAAAAGAGUAUGAUGAAAGACGUAAAAGUAAAAGAGAAGAAACUCAAGAGGUACAAUUUAAGGAAUGCACAUUUACCCCAUCGUUAAAGAAAAAGACUGUGGCCCAACAUAGUCAAGCUGACAUUAACGAUAUGAAGAAGAAGUUACAGGCAAGUGCUUAUGAUGUUCUCUUAAGAGAAGAGUCUAAGAGUAGUCAGAUAAGUCUGGAUCAGACAAGGACAGAUCAUAAGGAAAGUCAACCUCGCCAAGAAGUAGAGAUCUCACAAAUUUCUGGGAUUUCAAAUACCAAAGAAUCUUUUUCUAACCAUCCAGAAGAGAAGUUCCAAGAGCAACCUUCAGCUCAAAAGCCAUUAAGUCAUACCUCAGAUUUUCCAGCUGAAGAUCCUGAGGAAGAUAGAUAUGAUGAAGAAGCUAAGGAACUUGGCAGCUAUCUUCAAGAAAAUUCUCUUGAAGAAGUUCACAAAGAUGAGAAUGUUGAUUUGACUCCACAAAAGAAUGCAUUUAGCCCUGAUGAUGUUCAAUCAGGAACCGACAAUGAGCCUCUAGAGCUCCCUAGGACGACUCCUGAGCAAGAGUAUAGCCAUGAAUAUGAAGAAGAGGAAGACUCAGAGGAAAACUAUCCCAUCCUCUUCCUCGAUGUCAAUCUUGGAAAAGACAAAGUAGAGAGACUAGUCAUUUUUGACGGAGAUGAUCCACAAACUGUAGCAGAAGAGUUCUGUCAGAAGAACGGCCUGGAAGAAAAGAAAAGGAAAAAAUUAGCCAAAGUUAUCAAGAAACAGCUCGAUAGCCUUCUCACAAGGAUUGAUGAAGAUGAAGACGAAGAGGAGUCUAGAGAUUAACCUUCUAAUCUAAUGAUCAAAUAGAAUAAUAUUAUUUAUACUUU